AUGCCGCGCUUCGAGCGGUGGUGGAUAAGGGGGCCGGCCGGCCAGUUCGGUCGGGUAUGGUAUGCUUGCAAGCAGGAUGAGAUGGGAAUGGUGGCCGUGGGGUCAUGGAGGAGCACUCUAUACCCUAGAGUGCCGCGAAACCUCUGGAAACCCGCUAACUUAUCACACUAUCAACGGGAAUCAGUACCGUAUGUCAGCCGGACGAGAUCAGCUUGCCGGGUUAGGAGAAUUGUGGAGACGAGCCAAUGGGAUCUGACGCGCCUCCUACGCUGAUCUCCUACCGUGCCGGGAAGGCGCUAGUUCUCCUCGAGUGCUGGUGAAUGUUGGAUAGGUUUUGCCAGGUUAGAGAGUAUAUUUGGUUGAACUCAGGAGCUUUCGCAUCUAAAUCCGGAGAUUCGAGGGCUGGCGGAGAUAGUGGAUUUCAAGAUCUUUUAGGGCACUGCAAGAACUGGGAUAAUUGAACCUUAUUCUGAGAAGUCCAGGCUUUCCCCCACUCUGGGAGGAGGGGGUGAAUCACGGCGGAAAGGACUAGCUUUCGGCCAUCCGCUGGGACAAAUAAGCAGAGAUACAACAUACUAGUACAGUACCGUGCCGUGGAACGUUCGAGGUUGAAAUCCUGGCAUGGGAGGAAAGAAAGGUACUCUACGCUACCGGCACUUUUACAGUACAGUGCUCGUAUAGAAGCGGUCUGGGACUAGUUGUGGUAGCUUUGUUUUUUUUAAUAACAAUAUUAUAUCCAUAUAUAUUCCCCCUGAUCAGCCUGCAAUAUCACAAGACAAUCACCGU